GACAACCUUGUAUUUUAACCAUCACAAAUCAAAUAAACAUGUCAGAUGAGAAAGAUUAUAAGAAUGGCCCUAUAAGUUCCACACUUGUGAGGGAUGUAGAGGAAGUCGGCGAGAAGGAUGUCUUCGCUGUAAACAGCUCGAGUGAGAAUGUCACGAACUUCAGAACGACAGGAUGGAUUAGAGCGUCUGUUGUUAUGACUAAGACUCAAAUCGGUUUGGGUGUACUUUCUAUACCUGCAGCAAUGCAAACACUCGGUGCAGCAGUAGGUUUAGUCGUCCUUUUUGGUCUCGGUAUAAUUACCGCUUGGUCCAAUCAUGCCUCAGGCAAGUUCAAAAUGGCGCAUCCAUCGGUACACUCUACACCAGACACAGCACUCGUUAUAUUCGGUAAAGGAGCAUUCGGACAGGUCGCAUUUACCAUCGUAUCAAUCUGUUAUUUCCUCUUCAUGACCCUGAUAUCUGCAUCUUCAAUGCUCAGUUUGUCUAUCGCAUUCAACACCUUGGGAGAAGGUAUGCGUAUAUGCACAGUAGCAUAUGUCGGUAUAGCAGCAGCCUCUAUUUUCGUUAUCGCCACUAUGCGCAAGCUCGAUCACAUCAGUUGGGUUGGCUGGAUAGCUAUGUUUUGCAUUGUCGUCUCUGUCAUGAUUGUUGUUAUCGCAACUGCCCAAGCAGGUCCUGCAAAAGGUAAUGAAGCAGAAGUUUUCGACAAAAAACUUGCAGCAGGUCCAGCUGAAGGUUUUGCCAGCUCAAUGAAUGCUGUCGUCAACAUACUUUUCGCUUUUGCAGGUACACCAUCAUAUCCAGCAAUUUACUCUGAAAUGCGUGACCCAGAGCGUGACUACUACAAGGCUGUUCACGUUCAGCAAGUUUUCACAUUGAUUUUCUACUUCAUCACUGGCGUUAUUCUCUGGUACUACGGUGGUCAAUACAUCACAUCACCAGCACUAGGUACUGCUGGUGCAAUCUUCCAAAAAAUUUCAUAUGGUAUUGCUAUUCCUGCAUUAUUAGUAUCAGGAUUACUCUAUGCCCAUUUUGCGUCAAAGCAAGUCUUCGUUAGACUAAUGAGAGGCUCAAAGCACCUUGUCGAGCCAACGAUCAUCCACUGGACAGUGUGGCUUACCACAGUCGCAUGUGUUGUUGUCUUCUGCUUUAUCGUCGCAAACGCUAUUCCAUUCUUUGACUCUCUCUUGGGUCUCGUUGGUAGCUUGUUCGCAUCACUAUUCUGCGUUGGAUUACCUGCAAUGAUGUGGCUAGACGUUAACCGCCAUAACCUCAAGACAGACACUUCACUCUGGUUUAGAUCUAAAGUUGUCUGGGCUGGCUUCCUCAUUAUACUCGGCGCCUUCCUUUGUAUUGCUGGUGCCUAUGGUACAAUCGUCGGUAUCAAAACGGAAUUUGAUACCGGUAGCGUUGGAUCACCAUUCUCAUGUGCAGACAACUCAGCUGCAUCUUAAGCACGACUCAUAUCUUUAAUGACAUAUCUAGAACUAGAAAAAAAACUAACGGUAACCCCUCUGGAUCAACUUGUAUUUUUAUUUUGAUUUUCUUCAUUUACACAGUGUAUGUUUUUUUAAAAUUGUUUGGGGUGAAAAUUUUGAAACAUUU